AUUUGCUUUUAUUCUGAAAAGGAAAUACGACUGGAAGUCGAUUUGUUUUUGUUGACGGACGACAGAAUGACUACAAGAUAGCGGUCCCAGAUGAGGACAAAAUCAUUUAACCCCCAAAGAAAUUAAAAUACAAAUAUUCAGUACAGACGUCCUGGAACGGCUGGGGACAGGCUAACAUGUUUCUUAAUGUUGUGAAGGAAAUGCCCCGCUCCGUGCCUUAUGCUACUAAAACGGAAACUUCCGUCUUCCACAUCAGUCAGACACUAGUGCUCCAUAGGGAUAGCGUGCUUCACAGAUUAGCACCACCCUUACAGCGUCAGCAAGCAUACAUUUGGUCCCCGUUAACCGCAGAACUGUACUCUUCGUAGGAUACGAAAAUGGCUGUUAAGUCCAGAAGAUCGUGGACGACCGUGAUCUUCGGCGUCUUUCUCGGAUUCACAGCGUCCUCUUGGCUCAUUUUACCUCAGGUUCUGGAAAGUAAAACGAAAAGAUCUGCCAUGUGUUUGUACUACAGUGACUCCGCCGUUGCUAUAGGUGCUGACAUCCACGGGAAGUCCGUGUCAGUCAAAGAUCUGGACAGUCCGCAGGAGAACAGGUUAUUCAGUACGAAGAACAGCAGUGGACAUUUAGGCAGAACCCAAAGCAAACCAAAGCGUUUUAUUUAUGUUGGCGUGAUGACAGCCAAAAAAUACCUGACGUCUCGAGCACAGGCUGCGUAUGAGACAUGGGCGGCUUCUAUACCCGGGAAGGUGGAGUUCUUCUCGAGCGCUGGGUCUGGGACCGUCCACGCGCCUGCUCCCCUCCCUGUGGUUUCACUGGCGGGUGUUGAUGAUUCCUAUCCACCACAGAAGAAAUCAUUCAUGAUGCUAAAGUACAUCCAUGACCAUUACCUGGAUAAAUACGAGUGGUUCAUGCGGGCAGAUGAUGAUGUUUAUAUAAGAGGUGGGAAGCUGGAAUUGUUCUUGCGGUCACUCAACAGCAGUCAGCCCCAUUACCUUGGCCAGACAGGGCUGGGCACAGCUGAAGAAUUAGGACGACUGGCUCUAGAACCUGGAGAAAACUUUUGCAUGGGAGGUCCUGGGAUGAUCUUUAGUAGAGAGGUGUUACGCAGGAUGGUCCCUCACAUCAGUACCUGUCUAAGGGAGAUGUACACCACCCAUGAGGAUGUGGAAGUAGGGCGUUGUGUACGACGCUUUGGAGGCACACAGUGUGUAUGGUCUUAUGAGAUGCAGCAACUGUUCUAUGAAAACUAUGAACACAACAAAAAAGGCUUCAUUGAAGAACUUCACAGUCGCAAGAUCCACAAUGCCAUUACGCUCCAUCCCAACAAAAGUCCUGCCUACCAGUACCGGCUCCACAACUUCAUGCUCAGCUGUGAGAUCUCAAGGCUCCGUUACCGCACAAUCCUACUCCACCGUGAAGGCCUACAUAUGAGUCAUCUUAGUGAUACAGAAAUACUGUGGGAGGACCAACAGCUGGGGUCUCCACCUUCCUACAUGCGCUAUGUGCCCAGUGAGAGAAAUGAUGUCACUGAGUGGGAUUUCCUGACAGGCCAACAUAUUUAUUCUGCCAUUGAAAACAAGAUGGCUAGGCAAAGCCUUGGAAAAUUGCUUCGGACUGCCCUUGAAGACAAUAUUAUACUAGAGGUCAUGGAAAUGAUUAAUGAAAAUUCAAAGACACGUGGCCAUGUAAUUGACUUUAAAGAGAUUCAGUAUGGCUACUACAGGGUGGAUCCAAUACAUGGUGCAGAAUACGUCUUAGACUUGUUGCUUCUGUACAAAAAACACAAGGGACGUAAAAUAACUCUGCCUGUGAGGCGGCAUGCUUACCUUCAACAGUCCUUCAGCCGACCUUUCUUUAGUGAAGCUGAAGAUCUAAAUGUUUCAGAACUUAUGGCUGCCAUCAACUCUGAAUCCCAAUCCCUGUCAUUCCUAUCCAACUCUCUGAAGUUCUUGUCACCUUUCCAGUUCUAUGAGUCAACAAGAGAAAUGUGGGAGCAAAGCCAGAAAAAGAUCAGCAUUCUUGUCCCACUGUCUGGUCGCUAUGGCACUUUUAUUCGGUUUAUGGAGAACUUUGAGAAAGUGUGUUUGAUACCUAAACAAAAUGUUCAGCUCUGCAUCAUUUUGGUGGACAAUGUAAACAAUAAGAAUAUAAAAAAGCAUAUUCAUUUAAUAAUGGACUAUAAGAGAAAGUAUCCUAAAGCUGAUAUGUCUGUAAUCCCCAUGACAGGAAAUUUUUCACGAGGGCUGGCUCUAGAGCUGGGUUUGUCACAGCUUGAUAAUGACACUUUAAUGUUCCUCUGUGAUGUUGAUCUAAUCUUUAGUGGUGAUGCUCUGCAGCGCUGCAGAGAUAAUGCUAUUCAAGGGAGACAGGUCUAUUUUCCUGUUAUCUUUAGCCAAUACAGCCCUAAGAUUGUGUAUGGUGAAAAAGCCCCAAGUGAAAACAACUUUGUGCUCACCAAGAAAAGUGGCUUUUGGCGUGAUUAUGGCUUUGGAACCACCUGUAUUUUUAAGAGCGAUUUACUAAAAGCUGGAGGUUUUGAUACAUCCAUCCUAGGCUGGGGGUUGGAAGAUGUAGACUUCUACACCAAGGUUAUUAAUUCUGGUUUAAAGGUUUUACGCAGUCAAGAACCAGGAAUUGUCCACAUUUAUCAUCCUAUCAAUUGCAAUUCAAGCCUUGAACAGAAGCAAUAUAAAAUGUGUCUUGGUUCAAGAGCAAGUGCAUUUGCAUCAGCUGUGCAGUUAGCAGAGAUGUGGCUUGAGAAACACAUAGAGGUAGGCUAUAACAGAACUUCAUCCUGAUACUUCAACCUUCCAGGACUCCUCUACUUUCUGUUCUGCUUAAACGCAGAUAGCUAUGCACUGUGGUGCCCAAGGCAGUCAUGUCUCUAAAACUGAGUGUACUCUAACCAAUGAAAUGGUACUAGACACAGCUUAACCAGCAGGAGAUAGACCAAUGUUGAAGACACCAAAAGGAGAUAGAACAGAUCUACACCCAAUUUAGUGCAGAAGCAAGGCCAACUAUCUGCUUCUUUACUUUCUUCCAAACCAGCUGGAAAAUUGGACAAAAUGAGAAAAAGAAAUAUUUGUUAUAUGUAAUAGCUAAAUGUAGCUGAUUGUUAUUUUGUACAGUUAUGCAUCACUCUCUACUAGUCUCCUUUUUAUACCAGUAUAAAUGAACUACUUGCUAAUCUGGGUAAGUUGAGGAAUUAAUUAAAUGACCCAAAGAACAAGUUGCUCAUUCAUAGAGUGAUGUUUUACUUUGCUACAAGUUUGAGUCUGUAGCAUAAUUGUUGCCUACAACAAUUAUGUUGCCUACAACUCAGUGAGUCAGUGAAUUGGAUAAUUUGUUGUUUCUCUCCAUAAGUUCUCGUUGAGCAGCAUGGUGUGCUGCGCUAAACAAUCUGUAUGUAUGUUUAGGUGAGGGAUUUGGUACUGCUGUAUUGAUCUAAACUAAUCUACCUUAAUCUCCCACUGCGGUUUAGAAAUAGGCUCGUGCAGAAGCUGGAGCUGAGCCCGUGUAGUUACUGUCUGUCCACAUUUCUUGUAUGCUUCUGUUCUAGAAAUAAGUCCUGCUCAGCUGUCUUAUUUCCAGUCUCAAGUCUAACUAUAGCCUGUUUGUUUUCAUUAAUUUUAGAAUAUCAUAAUUCAGCAGCUUCACUGCCAUCAUUUUACUCAAUCAAAACCUAGGAAGACGCACUAAGACAGAACCUCAUUCUCAGUUACCCAAGGUGCAUACAAUAAAUGUAGGCACAGCUUAAAUCAAAUACCAAUGAAAAAUGAUAUUAUAGCUUUAUAAAUUAAAAAUUAUUGUAAACACCAGAAGGACCCGAGACACUCAGCGUUGCACAUUGUGUGCGUUUAUGUAAAACUGUGCCUUUCACUUUGCUGCCCCAGCAGCUUCCCAGUUGUUGCCACCUCCAAGUCCCAGUAUCACUGAAAUAGGGAGAGAGUGAUUAACGAAUUGAUCUCAGCUGGCCUGCCAGCCUCCCUGGCACUACCCCCUGAACCUCCAUCACACUUAUAUUUUUACAUUAUGAAUAAAUAAAUAAAUAAUAAUUUCUGUGAUUAAACCAAAGGUAAAGUGACACGCUGCAUCUAAAGGCUUGAAAGUGGAAUGCACUACCUACCAAUAAAUAAAAUACUCAGUUAAAGGCAGGAUAACCACUUUCACAAUACUUUCUUAUUCAUGUACAAAAGAAGAUUUUUUUUUUCUGCAAAACAAAUCAAAAACAUCUUACAAUUUCAGACACAGCAUUUAUAAGCUUAGAUAAUUAUGUGUUAUAAUGCACUUUAAGUUUGCCAUGCAGCCAGAUGGCGAGGUAUUGUUUUAUUAAUAUGAAGAAUUACAGUACUAUGCUAACCAAACAGUUUUUGCAUUUCAAAACAGACAUUUUAACUUUUGUACAGUUUAAGAUCAAUUUCAGCAUAAAGUUUAUAGCUCUCUGUAACUCUUGAGCUGAUAUAAGCAGUAGUAUUUAUUAUAAAAAUGAGAUUUGAUUGUAAAAUAUAAGCAAAUGUCUAAAUCUUGUUUUAGACUGAAAUCCUGUUUCUGAAUUAAAUAUAGGCUUUCUCCCCUGACUGAUUAAGCAAUGAUUGGGUGACCUUUAAAAUCAUUUAGACAUUUGAGGUAAAUCUAGUACAGGGUUGGUUGAAAAUUAAAUUUUUAAUUAUUUCACGUUGAUUUAAUGAUGUUCAUAUGGAAAUGCAAAGUUUGAAUGCUGUUAAUUUAGCUGGCUCUGAAAAAUCUUUAUUGUUUUAUUGACCAUUUUAUUGUAAUUAUCCUUAGUGUAAAUGAUUGACUUUUAAUUCUUAAUAGAAGAUGUGUGAUUAUCCUUUAUUGAUUCUAUUUUUAUUUUUGUUGUUAAAUGUGACUACAGAAAUCAUUAGGACAGACUCUAGAAAAGCUAAAAUUAAACACAAAUGAAAAACAAAUCAACUUUUCAGUUUUCAAGACAGUGAUCUGGAACCAACUGAAAUUUGAGUGUCAUUCUAUUUCCUUCCUUUGCCCACUACAACAGUUAGUUUAACUUGCUAGUUUUUGCACAAAAGAGUCAAAAGAGUGCCCCAAAAGGCUCUGCCUGAACUUUUGCACUGGUGGCAAAACAAAGCUCUCCACCAGAUGUCACAGCUCCACACAGUUGGUUUUUGAAGCUUGAAGUUGGUGAGUUCUUGGCCAAGCCUUUUGAUUGGUUGACUGAUUAUGCAGCACUUUCUGGUAUAAAUAUUUUGAGCCACCCCUGUUCCUGUCAGUACAGGCAGACUUUUAGCACCUGUAAUAAAGCUAUUUUUCGCUGGCGUCUUUCACGCAUGGGAUGUUCUUCUGAUGGUGCAUUCUGAUAAUGCUGCAGUUUCUCUUUGUAUGUUUUCUUUGUAUUUUGCCACAGAAAAUUGUUGGGCUAAAUAAAGGACACUUUGUUAGCCAUAAGCCAUUUUGCAUGAAUUUGUAUCUACAAUCAAUCACAGAGAUAAUAUUGUAUGUCAUUACUGCGUCUGGACUAAAACAAAUCUGACCCAAGUUUCUGACCCAAAUUUAGUUUGU